UUAUUACAAGUUGAUUUAUUUUCUUCCAGGAUACUAUUUAUAUUUCUUAAGGCCUUAUCCAGAGUAUUUUGUAGGAGCUUCAAAUAAAUUUUAGCACCAACAUGUUGGUACUGUCAAGACUUCUUGUUUUUGUAUUGGCAAGCUUUUCCUGUCUACAUAUUGUUUUUGCUCUGUCCGAUGUAGAAGAAGGAUCUAAGUCUGUGGAUCGCUUCACAGUAGAAGGCAUCGUGGAGCGUCCGCUCAACUAUCCUCAAGAUGAGGCUGAAUUCUUUGCUGGCACACGCAUCUACACCAACACAGGAUAUCAAGCAUUUCUCAAGGCAAAUGGUUCAUUUGUGCUGCACAACCUGCCCUGGGGCUCCCACUUUAUCCAUGUGGUGACCCCAAACAUCCUCUACGCUCCCAUCAGGGUUGACAUCAACUCCAAGGGAAAAUGGCGUCCACGUAAAGUCAACUACCUUCAGCCUUCCAAAGUGGAAGUGCUAAGCACGCCACUGAAGUUCACUGCUUUGGGCCCAGUGCGGUACUUCGAGGCACGGGAACAAUGGCGCAUCACCGACCUUCUCUUCAACCCCAUGGUCCUCAUGACGGUCGUGCCCCUCGGCCUCAUGCUCCUCAUGCCUAAACUCAGUGACCCUGAAACCCGGCGGGAAGUUGAAUCCCAGUUCCAGCUGCCCAAGACCGAGGCCCCCGACCUCUCAGAGAUGGUCACGAACUUCUUGGGCAUGGGAUCACCGAGCACCUCAUCAUCUAGUGGGCCUGCAGCUGGUACAGCUUGUGAUGCUAGAAGACCUGGGCGUGGCGGGGCGAGGGCCGCUAGACGGAAAGAUAAAUAGAUUAUUUCGUCUAGAAUAAAAGUUCAAUUAGGUUGUUAGCCUAGAUAUUUGGCAUCUAAGCUCACCUUCUUAGAACCUCGUAUUGUUCAGAUUUGAAAUUUGUAUUAAUUAUUGAUUUUAACCUUAUUUAUACGUGUCCUUCGUUGAGUCAGAGUAUAAAGCUUCAUGUUUUAUGCAUCUACUUAAGACGUUGUGGUGUGUCUCAAAGUAGAUAUGUGUGUGACAGGAAAGAGUUCGAAGUGAUUUAUUGCUGACUGAUGCUCUAUUCUUUUUUCCUGAGCUCGAAUUCUAAUUCCCUGGGCCCGGAAUUGAGACCGAUUAUCUGAGGCUUUCAAUCAAGAAGCAGGAUUCUGUUGCUACGUUACUAGGGCUCGAUUUAUAGUUAGAAAAUAUUUCCCAGUUCUAAUGAGAUAUUUGUUUGGUGGUAAUCAUGGUCCUGUAAUUUUGGUAUUUUUUCUAUUUUGGGCGUUGUUUAUUGUUUGUGUUAUUCUUUUAUAUUAUUGUCAACUGUUUGGCGUCGUACAUACGUACUUUAGACGUAAGAUAUUAGGAUAGAUUACGAAACUCGUUUUGUGAAUCUUGUACUCGCUGGCUUGAUAAUUGAAUUUUGUACGUCAUUCAUCUUCCAUUUGAUUCCUUAAUUUCAUGCUAUCUUGAGGAUGUGAUUAGGGCUGAAUGGUUAGGUCAUCGCUUGUAUAAAAGCUUGUGCUAGUGUUUAUUUGUGCAGAAUUGUUGUGACAUCAAACUUUGUGGGGACUCUUGUUUCUACGCUUCCUUAAAUUUGAUUCAUAUUUCAUUGUAACUGCUGCAUCUAAUUCUGAUCUGUCGAUGCAAAACUUCAUGGCGGCGCUAAGUGAACAUAAUUCAAAUUGUAUAAAAUAGAUAUUGUUUUCUCACUACUGGGGUAAUCAAGGCUGGUGGAAUAGAUAGUUGACAAAGACGAAUUAAAUAAUGUCUUAAAUGGCGACCUUCAAACUUCCUGGUCAGUUUGUUGUACAAUAUCGACUAUAAUACUUUUUGGCACUUGAUACAAUUCAUGCUAUAUUGUUAUAUAUUAACAAUGUUCAUGCUUUUUUAUUUGCUGUGCAUAGCUUCUCGCUGAAAUAGAUAUUUCUUAGUCCCUUUGGAUUUUCUUUUAAUAGUCGAGUUAUAGGAUUGUUUAUUGUUGUUAUUCCUGUCUGUAGGUUUGAGAAAACGUUUUGUGAUGCUUGGAGCAUGAUAGUGACUUGUUGGAGUCAUGAUAGUGACAUGCUGGAGUUAUGAUAGUGACAUAUGUUGGAGCAUGAUAGUGAUUUGUUGGAGUCAUUAUUGCAACACGCUGGAGUUAUGAUAGUGACUUGUUGGAGUUAUGAUAGUGACAUGUUUGAGUUAUUAUAACGACAUGUUGUAAUGACAUGAUAGCGACAUAUUGGAACAUGUUGGAGUUAUGAAAGUGAUACGCUGGAGUCAUGAUAGCGACACGUCUGAUACGCUGCAACACUUCAAAGCCAACACACAUUUUUCAAGCAACAUUGCAGGGAGUUAAAAAUAUAUGCAAGUUCUUGACUUGAAUUGAUGUUUCUGUGAAAAUUUUUUUGCUAUAGCAUAUAUCUCACCUAAGCUAACUUACAUCUGCACCAUAUAGUAAUAAUAUUUCUAUCGUCGUGUGGAAGCGUAACGCUCUUUCUCUUUCAAUUGAAUGUAUAUCUUCAUCUCAUUAUAGGUGUGGGUAGGGUGUCCUUGGUGCUGAUUGCUUUGGGUGAGUGAAUACUGUAUAGCUAUUUAUUGCUUGGUCUUUGAAAUUUCUCGCGGUUAUGUUCCAAAUUGUUUCUUUUCCGGAUAAGGGAUCGUUUUUCUUUAUGAGGAAUUCGAACUAAACAAAUUAACUAAUUUGUGAGUUGCACAUCUUAGGUAAUAACCCCAAACCUGUUACAACUUGUAUCAUCCUAUGUGUAGAUCCUGAGAAUAAUAAUUAUUUUCUGUUCAACUUACACGUUUUGUUGCAAAUUCACGUGCCGUUUGUGGUCGUAUUUAAUUGUUAUACGUGUUGGUAGUUCAUUCCUUUGAGUGUUUGCCUGGCAAUUCAUGAUUGCUUCUCACGAUGACCGGUGCAAUCUUGUCCUCGAAGCUGUAUAUAAGUUUCUUGUGCGCUGGUGUGCAUAUAAGUAAAAGAUUGCCUCCAUCA